AUGUCUGUGAACCAGGAUCAAGUAUAUUAUGUUGUUCUUAUGUCUGAAUCAGCAUUAUUGAAGUCAGGAGUUGUUAACAAUACUGUCACCACUAACGAAAUGAAAACUUCCAAUUUAAUUAUGUAUAUUGUGUUCUGCAAGCCGAAUGGAAUUGGAGUUAGACGGGCGAAUAGAACCACUUUAAAUGCUCGAGGUCCUGAGAUCACUCGUAAUAUCGCUCGACCAGUCUCGGUUUUUAUUAAUCUGUUGGCGAAAGAAAAAGAAAUAGAAAGAAGAAGUCAUGAAUAA